CCACUGCUGCGCACCACCGUUACGAAUGACAACGAUCAUCCAUGAUCUUUGUUUUUGUCGGACAGGUCAAUUUCUGUUCUUAUUUUUCGCUCGCCUAAACAGGAGUGACACUGUUUAUUUGUUUAGAUAACGUCAUGACGACUGCGUAUGGGCGUUUGAAUAGUGUCUUCUAGCCGAAGUAGUGAGGUAAAAAUCAAGAUGACUGACAGCGUUGCUCUUUGCUCUCACCUGCACACUAUUGGGGAAGUUACUAAGGAGGAACUGAUUCAGAAAUCAAAGGGUACUUGUCAGUCAUGUGGAGUAGGUGGUCCCAACCUCUGGGCAUGUUUACAAUGUGACUGUCCCUAUGUGGGCUGCGGAGAGUCAUAUUCAGAUCACAGUACUAUACAUGCACAGGCCAAAAAACACAAUCUGACAGUAAACCUGACCACAUUCAGGGUGUGGUGUUAUGUCUGUGAGAGGGAAGUGUUUUUGGAACCAAAGCCUGUUACGCCUGUAUCAUUAGCUCACUUCUGCAAACAUCUUGAACAGGAUUCUCUUCCCCAGACACCAUGUCAACCAUUGAAAGCAGUGCCCAUCGCAGUGGCAGAUGAGGAAGGCUCAGAAUCUGAGGAAGAUGAUCUCAAACCUAGAGGUCUCACAGGGAUGAAGAACAUUGGAAACUCCUGUUACAUGAAUGCUGCCUUGCAGGCCCUGUCUAACUGUCCUCCUUUGACUCAGUUUUUCCUGGAUUGCAGUGGGUUGGUGCGCACCGAUAAGAAGCCGGCAUUGUGUAAAAGCUAUCAAAAGCUUAUCUCUGAGCUUUGGCACAAGAAACGGCCAAGUUAUGUUAUUCCCACAAGUCUCUUUCAUGGAAUCAAACUGGUGAACCCUAUGUUUCGUGGCUAUGCUCAACAGGACACUCAGGAGUUCUUGAGAUGUCUGAUGGACCAGCUUCAUGAGGAGCUGAAAGAGGCCCUGACCGACUGCAACAUUGCGAUCUCUGAUGUCGACCCUAACCACAACCUUGACAGCCAUAAUCAUAUCGAUGGAGACCGAUGCCCAUCUGAGGAUGAAUUUCUAUCGUGUGACUCUGGAUCAGGAAGUGAGAGAGGGGAUGGAGAGAGGAUGGGAGGAGAGGCAGAGCUGCUAAUUCAAGAUGAGUGUGUGGGAAUGAGGGGAAAUGGAGGGAUCUCGGAAAAAGAGAGGCUGAAGGAGAGAAGAGGAGAGGAGAAAAAAAGGGAAAUGGAUGAGGAUGCAGAUGUGGACACAACCACACAGGAGGGACAGGCAGAGAGAGAAACAGAGGCAACCAAUACAAGCACAACUGUACAGACACAAGGGAAUACAGAGCCUGAUAAUGAAGCUUCCAUGCACUGUCAAUCUUCUCAUCCCUGUAGCCCCAUUCACAGUGUGCAGGAGCUGCACUCCAAACUCUCCAGCAGUCCACCAAGGUCGAGCCCCCUCAGAACUGGCCCCACUCACACUUUCAAGAAAGUUCAGAUGCUGCUGGGCACCAAGAAGAAGAAGCAGUCCUGUUUCCGCAGUGUUAUUUCCGAUAUAUUUGAUGGAUCCAUUCUGAGUCUUGUUCAGUGUUUGACGUGCGACCGGGUGUCGACAACAGUGGAGACCUUUCAGGACCUGUCCCUGCCUAUUCCGGGUAAAGAAGAUUUGGCCAAACUCCACUCCUCCAUCCACCAGAGUGCUCCUGUUAAAACUGGCGUCUGCACAGAUAGCUAUGCUGCUCAGGGCUGGAUCUCCUACAUCAUGGAGUCCAUACGAAGAUUUGUGGUCUCCUGUAUUCCUAGCUGGUUUUGGGGCCCCAUGGUAACGCUGGAGGACUGCCUGGCAGCCUUCUUUGCUGCAGAUGAGUUGAAAGGAGACAACAUGUACAGCUGUGAACGAUGUAAAAAAUUGAGAAACGGUGUGAAAUAUUGUAAAGUUCUGCGUCUACCAGAAAUUUUGUGCAUUCACCUGAAGCGUUUCAGGCAUGAAGUCAUGUACUCGUUUAAGAUAAAUAGCCACGUAUCAUUCCCUUUGGAGGGUUUGGAUCUCAAGCCCUUUUUGGCUAAGGAGAGCCCAUCUCAGAUUACUACCUUCGAUCUGCUGUCUGUCAUCUGUCACCAUGGCACUGCUGGCAGUGGUCACUACAUAGCAUACUGUCAGAAUGUUAUUAAUGGACAGUGGUACGAGUUUGAUGAUCAGUACGUAACAGAGGUGCACGAGACCGUAGUGCAGAGCGCUGAAGCCUACGUCCUCUUCUACAGGAAGAGCAGUGAAGAGUCAGUGAGGGAGAGACAGAAGGCUGUAGCUCUGGCUAAUUUAAAGGAGCCCAGUCUCCUGCAGUUCUACAUCUCCAGAGAAUGGCUCAACAAGUUCAACACAUUCACUGAGCCUGGGCCCAUCACCAAUCACACUUUCCUCUGUCAACAUGGAGGAAUCCCUCCAACUAAGUACCAUUAUGUGAAUGAUCUGGUCGUGAUCCUGCCCCAAAAUGUGUGGGAAUAUCUUUAUAACAGGUUUGGGGGAGGCCCAGCCGUAAAUCACUUAUACGUGUGUGCCACCUGCCAAGUAGAGAUCGAGACUUUAGCCAAACGGCGGAAACUGGAGAUAGACACCUUCAUCAAGUUGAAUAAGGAGUUUCAGGCUGAGGAAGCUCCUACAGUCAUCCUGUGUAUCAGUAUGCAGUGGUUCAGAGAAUGGGAGAACUAUGUCAAGGGCAAAGACAAUGAGCCUCCAGGCCCCAUCGACAACAGCAAGAUUGCAGUAUUGAAAGGCGGACAUAUCCAGCUGAAACAGGGAGCAGACUACGGACAAAUAUCUGAGGAAACGUGGCAGUACUUGUUAAGUAUUUAUGGCGGUGGGCCAGAGAUUGCUGUGCGGCAAACCAUCAGCCCCCCAGACACUGACACACAUGGAGAGAGGAAGAUAGAGGCAGAGACCAGAGCUCUCUGAAGUGGUGAUGACCCACAUGCUGAUGACCAUUUUAAACCACGCUUGCAUUUCUGUCUCACAAGCACUUCGUGAGCUUUUCUGUGAAUCUAUUUAUCUGUGAUUGACAGAGUUAUCAUUGUGAAGGAAAUGGGUCUUAUUUAUUAAGUGAAAAGUGUAUUAUCAGGCACACACAACAUAACAAAAUUCAUGUUCAUGUGCAUUGGUGAUGUGCUUGUUUUGUUUGUCAGUGGAACUAAGGGCAGUGAUGUCAUAUCUCAGUACAUUACUUUUUUGGUAGUGCAGAGGUAAAUACAUGAUACAUUAUGUACUAUGACAGGACACAAGCUAUAGGUCACGCAAAACCUUUAUUAGAGCUCUUUGCUGACUUCUGUGUAGGCAUAAUAGGGCUUGAAAUUUGUAUCUGCAUGUUCAAAGAUGCUUUUCCUGGCACAUAAUUCCAGUAUAAUCAUAAUAAUUCAUACAUAAUCCGUACAAAACAAGGUUGCAUGUUUGCACUGUGAGUUUGUCUGAGAUUUUUAAGUUAAGAUACUUUUAACUCUCACAGAGACACAUGAUGGUGAAGGUGAAGGCUUCAAAUGUUACUAGUUCACAGAAAAGUGAGUAUUGUUCAUACUUUCCAACACACUUCUUACCCCAUGAAACACAAUCAAAUGUUCAUGUUCACACUAACCACUAAUUCAUGUUCUUUAGAAGCACUAUCAGAUGGAAAUGUUUUGAAAUUGCAGACAAGGUGUAUGUGUUUUGAACAUUACUAAUUUGAAGUUUGAUAGAAUUCAGGUAUAAAAAUUACUAAUCUUUAAUAGCACCAGGAUGUGAUGUCAUAAGAGGCUUUGCAUUUUCAUGUUCAUUUCUUGAACCAAGUGUCUGAUUACUCUGUGCUACUGAUAUUUCAAUAUGUUUUAUCACCAUAUAACCAGUUAAUGAUGACCCAUUUUUAGAUUUAGAUGUUAAAAGCUCAAGAGGUGUUACUUACAAUCAAUAUUACGUUCUGUUUUAAGGCAUUUUGAAAUCCUCUGUUCUAAAAUUAUUGUCUUGUCCUAAUCAAAGUGAAUCCUUCCUUGAUACCCAACAGGGUUGUGUAAACUGCUAUGUUUCAGACCAUCAGUAUUAAAUAGUUUUCAGAUCAUUCACCAUUUCCUCGAAAUGGCAGAAACAAAACUGCUUACUCAUAUACAUUGUGUGUUGCAACCUGUAUAUGUUGAAAUGUUUUAAUGAUGCUCCAUUUGAUGACUGUAUUCAUACAGUAGUUGCAUACAACACCACACCCCCAAAUGAAACAAACGAAACUACUUUUCUAAGGGAAUGUGCAAUGGGGUUGAUCAGGUGUUUUAGGAAUGCUAAAGGAAUAGCGUUAAAAUGUCUGUUUUUGAACAAAUUCCUUGUACAUAACUAUUUAUGAAUGUCUUUUCACAUCAGCAAAUGGUCAGAAUUGUGCAGAAUUGCUGAGAUGUGAACAAUGAAAGGUCUGUUACAUAUUUUGUUGCAGGAACUCAAAAUUCCAAGGUUAUUCUUGGCGUAAUGUCUUUUUUUCACUUAAGUGAUUUAAAUCUCCUCAAAUGUUAAGAUGUGUCUGAUUUGACGAAUUGAAAUAAAGCCUGUUCUUUCUCU